GGGGGCAUGGCCGACGCAGCGGUGCCGUUCCGAAGGCACAGCCUGCCUGCUGUUGCCAGCGGCCAGCCGUCGCUGCAGCAGCAGCUAUUCGGCAACCCGCAUCAAGCGCCACCGCAACAGCAGCAGGCCCUCCAGCAGCAGUGGACGCCACCACCACCGCAGCAGCAGACCGGGGGGCAGCAAGCGCAGCCGACAACCCACCAGGCAGCACCCCAAGGCAGCGGCUACCAGCCACUGCAGCAGCAGCAGCAUAACCAGGGCCAGAACCAAAGCUGGUUUGGCGCACAAAACACACCACCUCAGCUUCAGACGGGACUGCCGCCACUGCCGCCUAACCAGCGCAUCAUACAACAGCAACAACAGUGGCCACAGCAGCAGCAGCAACAGGGGCCGGAUGACGACCCCUCAGCGCCCUGGUGGACCCUGCUGCCUGACUUUGUGCCGGCAGCCGUGCUGGCGGGAGGGUACGACCCAAGUUCAACGGCCCCGCCAACUCCGCAGUCGCGCCCAUGCACCGCAAC